UGUCAUGAUUACCACUCUAUGUGUGGAUGGUCCACUGAUUUUCCCGAUGUAACCACAGAUCAGCCUUCCUGUCGUUACAACUGUGGUUCUGAUAUGGGAAGUUGCUCCUGCUCAUCCUCCUGUCAGUGGAAUGGAAACUGUUGCCAUGACUUCAACUAUGAAUGUGGACAUCUUCAAACUACUGCCCCCACACCAGGAAACUGUGGCGGGUACCUGUAUGGCAGCAGUGGCACUUUUGAAAGCCCCAACUAUCCAAACAACUACCAAAACUACCUAGACUGUACUUGGUACAUUAGACCUGGUCGUCAGUUUAUUCGUUUGCAGAUUUCUGAUCUUGACACCGAGUGUUGUUGCGACUGGGUUUAUGUUUACGAUGGCUCCAGUACCAGUAGCAGGAAUGUGUUGCAACUCUGCAGCACAAAUUAUGUUGUCUACCAUUCCACUGGCCGCUAUUUAACUGUUCGCUUCAGAACUGAUGGCAGCGUGACCAACAGGGGAUUUCAAGCUAGCUACACAAGUGUUGCUGAAAGCUCCUGCCAAUACAACUGUGGUUACCAGGCUGGAAACUGCUCUUGCAGCUCAGACUGUGAAUACAGAGGGACCUGCUGUGACGAUUUCAGAGCUCAACCAUCAUGCCGCUACAACUGUGGAAACCACCUGGGAAGCUGUUCCUGCUCCAGCUCCUGCCAAUACAAUGGAAACUGCUGUGAUGACUUCUACUCAUACUGUGAUUACGGCACCACCGAGUAUCCUACCACAUGGUCGUGUGGAGGCUCCCUGUUUGGCUCUGGCACCCUUACAAGCCCCAACCAUCCUGGCCACUACAGCGACAACUCCUACUGUGUGUGGCAGCUCAGAGCUGCAUACGACCAAAGGGUCUUCCUGGAAUUUUCUUACCUUGAGUAA